AUGCUGAAACGUUGCGGUGAACGGGAUGAUUCGAAUGGCGAGGAGUGUCCGGCGAAACGACGGGAAUUUGAGCCGACGCUGAAUGGACACCGGAUCGCGCCCAGCGUUAGCGGAAUCAACUUUCGAGUCCUCCCAAUCCUGCCAGCUGAAUUGACGACCUUUGAGGUGCCGCUCGUGCAAUUCUACGUCGUCCACGUGCUUCAAUUGCAAACGAUUGGCCAGUUGAUCAAAACGCUACCCGACAUUCCCGACGAGUUUCGCCAUUUGAAAAGGAUCAAAAAGGGGAUGAUGCUCGUGUGCCCCGUUCAUUGUGAAUCGCUAUUCGAAGAAGCGAAAAAAAAACUCUUGGGACUGAACUUGCCAUUGGAGUUUCAAAUCGUUGAGGUGCCCGCGAAGAAGCCGUUGACCGAGAGGCAGUUUGAAUUUGCGAAGGAAAAAUGGCCGACCUCGUUCCAUUCGAUGCCCGAGAUAGAGAAGGUGCUUGCGGAUCAACCAUUUGAUGGGGAUGAGUCACGAAUAAUUUUGGCGAAUAUGUCAAAAGUUCCAUCCAAUGGUUGUCUAAUUGCAGACGGAGAGCGGAGCCUCGCGGAAUCAACACAUGGAACUAUGCUUUUGGAGCAUGCGGCACUUGAAGCUAUUAGAAAUUUAGCGAAAUAUCAACAGUCGGAAGCUUACAGUGUUGAAGAGAAUCGAUUCGCUUAUCUCGCCACAGGUUGUGAUGUGUUUUUGGAACAAGAACCUUGCGCGAUGUGCGCUAUGGGUUUGGUUCAUGCUCGAGCUAAACGUGUCUUCUUUCGGAAUCGCUCCUCAAAUGGCGUAUUGGCUUCGGGAAAUUGGCAUCUACAUCUGGAACCAGCAAUUAAUCAUCAUUAUCAAGUUUUUGAGGUGAAGAUCGACAAUUUUGACGUAAACGCGAACGCUUCACGACACUGUGGAGGGAUUUUA